GGUGGACUGAGAGGCGAUAGAGCCGAGUAGUGGGUAGAACGUUCGCGGCCUGGGUCACGUGGUGCGCAGUCCUGGCACAGAAGAGCUUUGAGUAUCGAGUGUGAAAAAAUCGGUGUUCCCGAAGGUUUCUCUGCGCAUGUACAGAGUGCAUUUUGUUCACAUUUCCGUCUCCAACUCCGGCUGUUCGGGUUCAGUUUCUGUAAGGGAAAGAGAUUGCCGUUCUCCACCGUGCUCAGAAAGAUGCAUCUACCGUGGUUUAUGGCCUUUACCCUCUUAGGGUUGGCUAUCUGUGUGCCCAUCCAACGGCCCAAAGAGAAACAAGAGGCUGCCCCAGACCCACCAGACACAGGCUUGUAUUAUCACCGCUAUCUCCAAGAAGUUAUCAAUGUGCUGGAAACGGAUGGGCAUUUCAGGGAAAAACUACAAGCAGCCAAUGCCGAGGACAUCAAGUGGAUGGAAAGGUCUGUGUGUCUUAUACAGCGAACGUUGAUGAAGCAGCACAAGCAGCUGAUUGUUGAUGUCCAAGUUGAUCACCUGGCUUUAUUGAAGCAGUUUGAACAUCUGGACUCGCAAAACCAGCACACAUUUGAAGCCCGAGAUUUGGAGCUGCUAAUUAAAGCCGCUACCAAGGACCUGGAGAAUUAUGAUGCCGCUCACCACGAGGAAUUCAAACGCUAUGAGAUGAUGAAGGAGCACGAGCGUCGGGAAUAUCUGAAGUCUCUAGAUGAGGAGAAGCGUCGUGAGGAAGAAGCACAUUUUGAAGAGCUCAAGAAGAAGCACAAGGAGCAUCCCAAAGUCAAUGUCCCUGGCAGCCGUGAUCAGCUCAAAGAGGUCUGGCAAGAGACGGAUGGUUUGGACCCCAAUGAAUUUAACCCCAAGACGUUCUUCAAGCUUCAUGACACCAACGGUGAUGGGGUGCUGGAUGAGCAGGAAUUGGAGGCACUUUUCACUAAGGAGCUGGAGAAGGUUUACGAUCCUCGAAAUGAGGAGGAUGAUAUGUUGGAAAUGGAGGAAGAACGGCUGCGCAUGCGGGAACAUGUUAUGAAGAAUGUGGAUCUUAAUAAGGAUCGGUUGGUGACCCUGGAUGAGUUUGUUAAAUCCACUCAGAGGAAGGAAUUUAAUGAAGCUGAUGGAUGGGAGACAGUAGAAGAAACGCAGAUCUACUCAGAGGCAGAGCUCCAGAGAUUUGAGGCAGAGCUUAAGGCCCAGGAGGAGGAGUUAAGCCGACGAGCGGAGCAGCUUCAUCAGGAGCACAAAGAGCUCCAGCAGCGGCAGGUGGAACUUGAUGCACAGAAGAAGGAGUACCAACAGGUUGUGCUUCAGAUGGAACAGAGAAAAUCUCAACAACUUGAGCAAGCACAGCAGGCUGGUCCUGGGGGAGAAUUGAAGUUCCAGGCUCAGCCACCUCAUGCAGCACCAGCAGAUCAUGCUUCUCCUCCUGAGUCACAGCCAGGACCGCCUGGAGCACCAGAGCAUGAUUCUCAGAAAGAUCAAACAGAAGCUCUUCAGAACCAAGCACACCCAGAGGUUGCUGUCCAAUAGAACGCACCUGUGGCGUGCACCGAGGGGGUCCUGCAUAUUCUCCUUUUCUCAUUGUCAGGGCAUCUAAAUCAAACUUCACCCCAGGACUGUGGAGGAGGGACCAUGCAAGGUAAUGUUUACAAGAGGAGAAUGCUUACUAAUUGUCCUCUGCAAACAGUCCUCCAUUUAUUCCAAGCAAGCAAACAUUUGGCGAUGACUUUCUUGGGAAUACCUUGGCAAAGGGAAGCAAUUAAGGGAGGGAAUGGAGAUGGGUUUGCUGUUCAAAAGGUUGGGACAGGCAAAAGAGAAAGGAAGCAAGUGUCAGACAUCCUGACAUUCUCCGGUAAUUUUAUCCCACAGUUUCAGAAAUGCUUAUGGGUAAAUAAAAAGGAAGAUAAGGGAAUGAGUAUAAUGCCUCUGAACUAGAGUAUUGUGCUUUGCUCUCUUUCCUCCUUAUCCACAAUUGGUUCCCAGAAAUACAAUGUUUUACCUGUUUGCAAAAUACAUGUUGAGAGUUGCUGGGUUUUGUUUUAAAACAACUUUGUUCCCUUUUUAUUUAAUAAAUUGAACCCCUUGAAGUC